CCCGGCGCGCAAAGCCGAAUCGAUGUCCGAUGACAAAAAGAUCGCGCGCAAGUUGGCAGAGGCCAAACGUCUAGAAAUAGACCGAUGUGUUAGCCGCGGCAGUUAGGUUUUUGUGUUUGCGCGCAUUCCAACCGUAUAAAGCCUUUGGAUACAACAGGUAGUGCCGCCGAGUAGUCUAAAGCUUUAAACGAACGCUGCAAAAUCUUAACCGUUGAAACAUGACGAAAACCACUGAAGAAGCCGGAUACGAUCUCGUCCAAGCUUUACUCAAGUUUCAUGAUGGCACUCAUGGUGCACGUGAACGCAUGGUUCAUAAACCUGGUUGGAAAAUGCUUUUUAUGAUGCUGAAAUAUUUAAACUGCUACCCGGAAUUAACUUCAAUGCCGUAUCAGUUGACUCCGAUUAUACUGCACGUACCGCCCGAAUACCAUCAAAUUGUCCUGAAAAAUCCUAUGAUCAUUAGAAGACGUCAUGUAGAAUUAUUACCUAUCAAAUAUGGCUAUCGAGAAUUUUGGAAGACUCAUAUAAACCGUUCGAGGGCAUUGCCUUAUCAAUAUUUACUAUGGGAAGGCGGUUUCGUGCUGAUUGUAUUUUGUUUUUACGCAAUUGGCGAUAAUGUCAUACGUGUAGUAAAUAUCACAAUACAUUUUUCAAAAAAAGACGUAAAACCUGAGCCUUUAUGCUAUCAAGAUAAGCUCAUGCUGGAAGAGUGUUAUCCACUGGAUACGUUCAAUCCCGGAUUUGCGUUACCCAAACCAGUAUCAAUCAACACAAAUAGGUGGACAAUUUUGCGAGAGUUAAAAGAAUCCAGUGACAAAAAAGGCAAUGAACUGUUCUUGCUAUCGUUAUCGCCUUUAAUGGACGAAUUAUCUGAACAAAUUCUAACGGAUACAAGACGUAAAAUGUUAGAGCUAUUGGAAGAAGCUAUGAGCUGGAAAAGAAACUUUGAUCGUUAAAACGCUGUUCCAAUCGUAUACUUUGUUAUAAUUUAAAAAUAUAGGUACCUACAUGAAAACAUCAUAUUUAUUAGUUAUUUCACUUAUUUGUUAUCAUAUUAAGUACCUAGUACCUAUAAUACCUAUACUAUUACUUAUUAGAACUUAUGAGUAACUACUAAGUUUAUAUUUAUAUUUAUAAGAUGUUCCCGUUAUAUUUGAUUGCUUAUUGACCUCAUAGAAAUAUAUUAUUAU